AUGGCAGCCCAAACACUGCCUGCCUCCGGGGCAGCCGUGACGUUCAACACCCAGCGCACGCGUGCCUAUCUCCUCAAGCUGCCGCUUUUCACAAGAGCCACGGUGCUGAUCAUUGUCUUGACGUGGGUCCUGACGUUGGUCGGAAAAUCAUGGGAUUGGGACGUCAAGACGUGGGGAGCGUUGAUACCGGACGAAAUUGGGAUUGCGACAUUAUACCGCAUCAACACAUUCCCCUUCAUCCACCUGAACAUCUUUCACGCAGUACUCAACAUCAUUGCAUUCACGCCUCUUCUCGAGAGGUUUGAGCAGGAGCAUGGUACUCUGACCGCUGUAGCGCUCUUCUUUGGCCCAUUCGCCACGAUACCCGGCCUGAUCUACGUCUUCAUCGAAAGAUUCAUCCUUCACGCCAACACACCAGUUAUGGGAGCCAGCAUGUGGGUGUUCCUGCUGCUUGGCAUGGAAGCCAUUCGCACCUACAAGACCAACCCUUACUUCACCAUCAGCACCUACAACAUCCCUACUUGGAUCACUCCUUUGUUGCUGGUGGUCGUUACUGCUGCGUUGCUGCCGAGCUCAAGCUUCCUCGGCCACUUGGCUGGUCUGCUUGUCGGUUAUGGAUUCGGUCUUGGCUACCUCAAGUUCCUCGCCCCUCCCGAGUGGGCGUUGCGCUUCAUCGAAGGCAAGCUCAACCUCUUGGGCAGACUGCCUCAUUACGUCAGCGUGGACCAGAAGACCUUUGGCAGAUUUGGUGUUCUCCCCCAGUCCGCCUCUUCAGCCGAGGCUGGCAUUCCGUUUGCCGGGGUCUCCGGUGGUCAGCGAUGGGACCUUGAACAGAUAACACGGGUUCCAGGAGCAAUACUGCCACUACGUACAUGA